AGGGUCUGCAGAAAGAAGCAUGAUUCGCUCCUAGGGUCUGGCUCGCUCGGUCCUGGACUCCCUGAGAAUGCUCCUUUCCUCCCUCCCUCCUGGCCUCCUCCUCCUCUUCGCCCUCGCGUCUAAAGCCUCCUUUCCAAAGGACCUCGUUCCCGUGAGCACGGUCGGUUUGGCAGGCACAGCCCAGUGUCCUUAUUUCCGAGGUCUUCCAGGGGACAAUGACACCGCCCAGCUGGGCCUGGAUUUCCAAAGCAUGCUGCGACUCAACCAGACGCUUUUCAUCGCAGCCCGUGACCACGUCUACGCCUUUGACCUCCGGAGGACCAAGGACGAUUUCUCUCCGACCAGGCAUCUCACAUGGAAGACCCAGGAUAUGGUUAACUGCGCCAUGAGAGGAAAGCUUCGGAACGAAUGUUACAACUACAUUAAAGUCUUGGUUCUGAAGAACGACCAAACCCUCUUAGCUUGCGGGACGAACGCAUUCAACCCCAUGUGUCGGACCUACAAGAUUAGCAGUUUGGAGCAGGAAGGCGAGGAACUAAACGGGCAGGCCAGGUGCCCCUUCGAUGCAAAACAGACCAACGUUGCCCUCUUUGCAGAAGGGAACCUCUACUCCGCCACUGUGGCAGACUUCCAAGCCAGCGACGCGGUGAUCUACCGAAGUUCGGGGGAUCGCAGUCCAGUUCUCCGGACGGUCAAGUACGACUCCAAGUGGCUGCGAGAACCUCAUUUCCUGCAUGCCCUGGAGUAUGGGGACUACAUCUAUUUCUUCUUCCGUGAGAUCUCCAUGGAGUACACCACACUUGGUCGGGUGAUCUUUUCCCGUGUGGGACGGGUGUGUAAGAACGACAUGGGCGGCUCCCCGCGAGUGCUGGAGAAAUACUGGACGUCUUUCCUCAAGGCCCGCCUCAACUGCUCGGUGCCCGGGGAUUCCUUCUUCUACUUCGAUGUCCUCCAAGCUGUGACGAACGUGACCCAGGUGAAUGGGCGGCCUGCCGUCUUCGGAGUCUUCACCACCCAGUCCAACAGCAUCACGGGCUCCGCCGUCUGUGCCUUCUACAUGGAUGAGGUGGAACGAGUGUUCGGCGGGAAGUUCAAGGAGCAGAAGAACGCCGAUUCCGCCUGGACUCCCAUCCCAGAGGAGAAAGUGCCAAAGCCCAGGCCAGGCAGCUGUGCCGGUGUCGGGCAAGCCUCAAGUUACAGAACCUCCAACGACUUCCCAGACGAGAUGCUCGGGUUCAUCAAGUCCUUCCCGCUGCUGGAUGAGGCCGUCCCGUCCGUCACAGAGAGCCCGUGGUUCUCCAAGACCUCCAGCAGGUACAAGCUGACCCGGCUAGCUGUGGACACGGCUGCUGGCCCAUUCCAGAACUACACCGUUCUUUUCCUGGGCUCAGAAGACGGGACCGUGCUGAAGGUCGUCGCCGGAACCCACGAGAACUCCACGGUGGAGACCCGCCUGCUGGAAGAAAUCUCUGUCUACAAUCCUGCCCAGUGUAACGUCAAGAAGGAAGAUCGGCGGAUCUUGGGGUUGGAGCUGGACAAAGCCAACCACGCCCUCUACGUGGCCUUCUCCAGCUGCGUGGCGCGAGUCCCGCUCAGCCGCUGUGCCGCCCACGGCGCCUGCCGAAGGCAGUGUCUGGCUUCCCGCGACCCGUAUUGCGUCUGGCUGAGCACCGGCACAUGUGCCCCAUUCAGCAAUGAAAUCAGAAGCGGAUUUGAACAAGAUGUGGAAAAUGCGGCCAAGUAUGCGGGGAAGUGUCAAGAUGUGGUCACGGCAACCGGGAACCACGACGGCACCAGGGACUCCGCAUAUGGGGUGCGGCAGGAAUCGGAGGGGAAAGACGGCACGAAGACGGUCCAUUUCACCUUCCUGAUCGGCUGCAUCUUCGUGGCCUUCAUCUUGGGGGCCUUCCUGUCGGGUCUGUUCGUCUCCUGUUACUGCAACCACACUUUCCAGAAGGCCAAGCACGCCAACAAAGACCCCGAGAGCAGCAUCCAACGCCCGCUAUCCCUCCGCAGUCUGGCCAAGAUGAACGGCCUCCUGGAGAACCAGGCCAAAGAGGGCUUGAUGGAAGCCACUGCCCCGAAACUCUACACCACGCUGCUGCCGAGUGAAAAGGAGAUGCCCCAUAUGACCGCCAAAGCAGGGGUCAAGGAACACCCGGAGCUCUCGGGCCUGCCCACUCCCGAGUCCACCCCCGAGCUGCCCAUGAAGAACAUGAAGGCCAUCCGGAACCAGUGGGAGAAGAACCAGAACUUCAACAACGCCAAGGAGUCUCAAGGGAAGGCCCACUUGUUCCACACACCCCUCUCCAACAGCCACGCCCUGCCCUUCCCCAGCGGCAUGGUCCUUCCCAGCAACCUGCAUGGCUACGACGCGCCGUUGACCAGCUACCUGGACGAGAAGAAGAUCCCCAACUCUGAGCGCGUCCUGGUGCGCCAUUCUCAGUGUUACCUGCCGAAAGGGAUGGAGGUGACGACUCUGGAAGAGCUCCUGAAACAUCUCCACGAAAGCAGUGGCCCCCCGCCAAAGGUCCCCGGGCAUCUCCCAUCCACAGGUCCCCACUCCGCCCUGUCCUUUGCCAACCGAGUGCAGCCCAAGAUCCCCGACGUCGAGAGCGCCCCCUACUACAGUUCAUCCACUCUGCCCAGGGACAGCCUGCCCCGGCGGCUCGACGUCCCCCCAGACCCCCCUCCCCAGGCAUGCUUGGAGAAAUCGGGGAGGCACCCCUCACAUAGACACUCGCUCUGCAUGGCCCCCAAGCUGGUGAACAUUGGCAGCGGUGGCAUGCUCUCGCGGCACCACAGCCUCAGUCAAACGGGGCGGCAUCCGCCUGCGCUCCUCACGCGCAUGCACUCCACGCCGACGCCGAUGCCUCAGGAAGGCCAUGCCAUCUUCCUGGCCCGACAGCACAGCUACGGCGACCAGGUCUCGCUGCCUAGCCACGGCGGCAUGAAGCGAUCGGUCUCCAUGGUGAAGCCCGGAGUCGCGCCGACACCCUUGUUCAUGCCUUCUUCUCCUCCAGCCCAGACCUCGGGGCAGUUCAAUUACUGAGCCAUUCGGACAAGGGACUCGUUCAGACCUGGAGCCGUGGGGUAGGGGGGAAUCUCUCCUCCGCCUACUCUUUCGGCGGCCCCGUCCUGCCAUUUCAAAACCAGAGGCGGCUGGAGAAACAGGACUACAAACCCCAGCAUGCCUUGUGGUAGGGGGAGGGACACGCUUUGAAAACAGUGGGAAGGAAGCGCUGGCUGUAUGCUUUUCCCAUUGGCUGCCUCCUAUGAUGGGCAGCUGUCCCAAUGGCCAGGGAGAAUCUUGCCAAAGUCUUUUGGCCGAAGUUCAGUGCUCGUGCCCACCGUUUUAAAUUCUGCAAAUAAAAAUGGAAGGGAUGUAGGGCAGAGAGGCUAGCUAAAGAGCAGAGGGUAAACAGAUUUGGCCUGUCGGGGCGAGAGGCUGUAGGAAGCCAGAAACACAGGUGGGGGGGCUACUGAGGUGUUCUAGAUACUUGUUCAGCCGCCUCAAAUUUGGGCACGCAAAGUUUCAGGCCCUUAAAGUUUCUAUGCUUUAUCUCUGCCAGCGUGAGGAUUAGAAACUUGGCUUAGAGAAGGGAUAUUACAAAGACUGGGCACCGAAUUCCACAUUCGCUGGGGGAAACUGUGGACGUAGCAAUAGACUCCUGUCCUGGGUAGGUUUACAUCUUGAAUUUGCUUCACAGUUUUUUUGGGGGGACACCUCCUUUUGGAAAGGUAUGACUUCCAGACCUUGGAAGCUUUGGCUUGAGAUUUCUUCCUGAAUGUGGCUGUCUCUUCCAGAGAAUUUAGAACGCCAGAUGGCCUUGGUGAUUCUGUAGGGAGUCAAGCAACUCGACUCCUGGGGUAGCGCACUGGCACCUUUUGGAGGGGAGGCUGAAAGAUAGCAUGCACACAGAGGCCGCUGCCAAUGGGAAAGUAUGGCCUUUCCAACCACGGUACGAGCACUUUUUCUUUGAGGUCAGAAUACGGCAUCUCUUUGGUGGCCAUCUUGGAAAGGCAAAGCACACUUCUUCCUUGGGAAGAAAAAGGAGGUUUCCAGAACAUGUGGUAGUCGCUCGUUCUCCGAGCUUGUAUCGAGUUGGGUAGACCCCCAUUUUGAAGUGGACGCUGGAACCUCGGCUGAUGCCGUCGGUAAUAGGGACUGUGGAGCUUCCUGUUAUCUGUGUCUUUCUUGAGAUUGAGCUGGGGGUCUCCUGUUUACAUCUUCAUCGCCAUUCUGGGCCACCUUUUCGGCAAGGAGAAUAUCGUGUCUACUGGAUCUAGUAGAACCUGCGUCUUGCUUUCGGGGGGAGAAUAUUUUACCAAGCCAAAUUCAGCGGGCCCUGCGGGGGGAAAACACAGGAGUUUCAGCACUGCAUCCUUGUUCCCUGUGUCUGUGAUUUAGAGGAAGGGGAGAAAUACCGGGAGAGGGGUGUCAAUUGUGUCGACAGCUAGCCAUGGGCUAUCACGUUUUGAACCUCGUGAUCUGCUUCCCAAAUUACUUCAGGAUCUAAGGAACUGGAACUGAUCGGCAGUGACUUCUUGGGCUCUGGCAUCCUUGUACGUUGUGGGGUUUAAACAAUCAUUGGUAAGCCUGAGCUUACAUACAAGUCCACAGAAGUUUCUAGUCCGUAAGAAUUUUGGAGAGUAUCUGUGCCGGUUGUCUGCAGCUAGUUCGCAAGGGAAACAAAAAGGGAGGGAGGGUUGGGUCCCGCAGAUCCGUUCUAACAGAAGCCCCUUCUCCGACACAAGGCUCUCUGGUGUCGGGGAAUGGUUCUUGCGCUGGACAAAGAGGUAACAUCAGUGGGACAGAUCUGCAGCGGGAUUGAGCCAUAGUCCCCAACCGCUUUACUUCUAGCCUGUUCGGCUGGCAGUGAUUUCUCAUUCACCAGAGGUGACCAAGGCAGAUGUGUUUACAAGCCCAGCUGAGCCCCGGUUUCAAUUGUGCAGGCUCUCCCAAAACGCCUGCAUCUACCCCGGAGUUGCCCGUUGCAUCUUUCCAAGGAUUUGAGAGCGAGCCGGGAGACGUCGUUCCGAGAGAGGCCUUCCGGUCGCCCUGAAAGGACAGGCAGCCUUGCUGGAGGAUCCCAGAACAUCCGGACCGAAGGGCGAGACAGACGGGAGGGGGACAGGGGAGGCCCAAUCCGUCCAGGUUUUUAACAUGUGAGCAGGGAGCUCGGUAGACUCCCUGGGACCCUUUCGAGAUACUGUACAUAAGUAGAAAUAUAAAUAUAUAUAUAUAUAUAAUGUAUAUUUCAUUGUUUUAACUUUGUACAAGAGAAGUAAAAAAAAGAAGAAGUAUAUCCUACUGUGUAGGAAGCCAAACCCCCCAGUUGCGCAGUCUGCUAGCACUGAGACUCUCUGUGAACGUGGUGUCCGGAGGAGC